AUGGUGCUCCAACUUCCUACGGUCACGGUGGAUGAUCUACGCGACUUCCAUGCGAAACAUCUCCCGCACGCGCCUGAACCUGAGCACAUCUUUCAUGGUGUUGAGAAUGAGCUUGCUGAGGAAUGUUACGAGGAGGAAGAAGGUGGACUAGGCUACUACGAAGAUGGCACACCGCGCACCCUCACCGACGAACAAAUCGCUAUGUUCAGGCACUCCGAAAUCCAGGCUAUCAUUCGCAAGCGAAGGCAACAAAGAGACAACGGCAAUGGAUCUGAGGAGGGAGAAGCUGAGAAGUCAGUCACUGAAGACUUAGCCAACGUCGAUUCUCCGGCUUCCCAACCCACUCCCACAAUGGCUACAGAAGCAGGCAAGGUCGCAUCUGGCCGUGUCGAGAAGCUGAAGUCUCAGCAAUGGAAGACAAGCAGCCCAAGGACAAAAGCCAAGAACAAGAGGAACCGAGACAAGUACAAGGCCAAGAAGAGAGACAAGAGGCUCAAGCGCGAGCAGGCUCGAAAGAACGGCCGUGACGAAGAUGAAGAGAGUGACGAGUGGGACCCCUGGCACCAGGCCAAGGGACCGGAUGUGCAGAAGGACGAUACCGUGGACCUGGACUACUGA